AAAGCUAAUUAUACUAUAAAGCCUGUUCAUGAAUGUAUGGGUGAUACGCGUCCUUACGUUGAAAAUGUGACUUUGGCUGUUACGACAACUAAAACUACAAUUGCGACACCUGAUCCUCCCCCAUUUCAUGAAAGUACUCCAACUCAUGUUGAUAUCAUAACUAGUCCAACACAAACGCCAAAAACGUCCGAUGCCACAAACAUAUUCAAGAACGAUCUUUUAUCUUCGAGUUUGGUC